AUGAAUUCCACCGGUUCCGAGAUUAAGGACGAGGCUUCUACCCCUUCAUCAGACAACCAUGUUCUCAACGACUCCAGGCCCGCCUCGUCAGCCAAAUCAAGUCAUCUCCAGACCGCUCUGAAAUCCUUGCUCGUAGUGUCCGCUUCCAGGGCCCCUAUCAACAACUCUCAACUGGAAGGUGACGAUGUCCUCUCUCCACCGCCUGACCAUAUCCUGAGUCCAACGCACGACGACCAGGCCUCGGGCGAUGUGAUUGUCGUGAGCUCUAGCCGCAAUAGCUCUAAAGAGUCCUCACCAUUUCGCGUUAUUUCUCAUCAAGAGAGCGAGACCAUUAGCGAUGCUGAGAAGGAUUUGCAGUAUUACCCUCAAACAUUCCCUGAUUCUCAGCACAAGAGACAGCUCGCCACGCCGAACAUUCCUCUAGGUGAUGAGGAAGAAGGUAGCGUACCCCUCGACAUGCCCAUCACUCUUUCUAAUCCCGUCCGCCGCCUUAUAGGAGCUGAUUCUACGACAGUUGUCCUAGAAUACUAG